AUGACUGAAGGGCAGGUUGUAUCAAAGUACUUGUCAUUUAAUGAGUCUAUAGAGCCAAAUUUGGUUCUCCCUAGGGCUUGCAAUAAUGUAGAAAUUCCACCUGAAAUGAUGACCAAGCCAUUGCCCUUGUCUCACGAAUGGGUUGUAUGGGAACAACUUAACCAAGAAACAAGGAAAGAUGCAGAUUACUCUAAUGCAACAAAACCUGUUGCAAGAUUUUCAUCAGUCCAGCAAUUUUGGUGGCUUUGGCACCACAUUCCUCAGCCCUCAGAAUUACUCAAAGGGAAAAGGAUGAUUAGAGAAUCUGCUGAUGGUACUCGGAGUGUUGUUGAUGCUGUCAUACUAUUUAAGGAUGGAAUACAGCCUAUGUGGGAAGACCCUAUGAACGCUAAUGGUGGUCACAUGUUCUUUAGAGCCUGGCAAACUUCUGUUAACCCAGGGGAACUAGAUACUAUGUGGAAUAAUCUAGUCCUUGCACUCAUAGGUGGUAGCCUAGUACAUGGAUCGAUAGUCAAUGGAAUAAGAUUAGUAGAUAAAUUAGGAGGAACGAAGGGAAAUAUUCGAAUUGAAAUAUGGUUUAAUGACUUUUCAAAUCAAUCCGCUCGCCAAGGACUUAUACAAGAAGUCGAGACAUUAAUGAGUAGUUUGUUAGAUGGUUCUUCAUGUAUUUCACCUCACUUUGAUGUGAAAUCUCAUUCAAAGGUGAAAAUUGAGGCUAAUUAG